AUGGUCGUCAUUUUCACAGGAGAUAGCUCUCCUGCCACACUUCCAUUACCCUUGGCUGCCUUCACAAGCCUAACCAUAACCUACAAAGUUGAUAAGGCAUCAGAGCGUUUUCUUAAUUUGGCAGGCCAAACAUUGGAGAGCCUCGCUGCAGGUUGUCCAUGGCCUUGCAUGCCAAUUGUGGCUUCCUUGUGGACCCUAAAGGCUAAACGUUGGAGUGACUUCCUCAUCUUCUCAGCAUCUAGAACUGUCUUCCUUCACAACAGUGACGCGGUAGUUCAACUUCUAAAAAGCUGCUUCACGGCUACCCUUGGUGUGAAUACCUCUCCUAUAUCUUGCAAUGGUGGUGUUGGAGCCCUACUUGGACAUGGAUUUAAGUACCAUUUAUGUGGAGGGCUUUGCCCCGUUGCUCCAGGAAUCCUCUAUUUACGUGCUUAUCGGUCAAUCAGAGAUGUUGUUUUCUUGACAGAAGAAAUUGUUUCCAUCUUAAUGCACUCUGUGAGGGAAAUUGUAUGCAGUGGGUUGCCAAGGGAGCGAUUGGAGAAGUUGAAAGCAACCAAAGAUGGCAUAAAAUAUGGGCAGGCUUCAGUGGCGGCAUCAAUGACUCGGGUGAAGCUUGCUGCUGCCCUUGGAGCCUCUUUAGUAUGGAUAUCGGGAGGUUUGAUGCUGGUUCAAUUAUUAAUAAAAGAAACUUUGCCAUCCUGGUUUAUAUCUGUUCAGAGAUUUGACCAGGAAGAAAAGUCAGGUGGAAUGGUUGCAAUGCUUGGUGGAUAUGCACUUGCUUACUUUGCAGUUCUCUGCGGUGCUUUUGCUUGGGGAGUUGAUUCGUCAUCCUCAGCUUCAAAGAGACGUCCGAAGGUUUUGGGUACUCACAUGGAGUUUCUGGCUAGUGCACUUGAUGGUAAGAUAUCACUAGGCUGUGACUCAGCUACUUGGCGUGCCUAUGUGUCAGGUUUUGUGAGUUUGAUGGUAGAUUGCACACCUAACUGGGUGCUGGAAGUAGAUGUGCAUGUGUUGAAGAGACUGAGCAAUGGGUUGAGGCAGUUGAACGAGGAGGAGCUUGCUCUUGCUUUGCUGGGUGUUGGUGGGGUAGGCACAAUGGCUGCUGCAGCUGAGCUCAUAAUUGACUCUGGAGAAUAUAAAUAA